AUGCUCUCCUCUUUUGAGGGACAAGACAAGGAAUUGAAUUCCAACAACAAGUUGGUAUACAGACCAGCCUGUUGGAAGGGAUUCCUUCCAACAAGCUGGUUUGAAAACCGGCUUGAUGGGAGGAACCCCUCCCAACAAGCUGGGAUCAAGCCGGUUGAGCCAUGUAAGGUCUCAAGGCCGGGAGGAACCCCUCCCGGCCUCAAGACUCCACAGGGCUAUCCCAUAGGACCCAGGCCUGGGUCUUAUGUGAGAAGGCUUGACCUAAACCCAUAUUCAAAUGGGUUUAGGUUGCUGGUUGGCAUGCAGCACCGCACACCAAUCAAAAUCGGUGUUAGAACCCGGGUGCCCCCUGUCAUAAAUUGUGCAAUUUAUAACCAAAUUUGGGGCAUCCAAAUGGGGCCUAAUAUCACACUGGUCGUCCAAACAGGGCCAUAA